AUGAACGACGCAUUGUACCUAGCCACGACAUGGGAAACUGCCUCGGAUUCAGACCCGCUAGAGGAUAUCGACGCAUUAUCCACCGAGAGCUUUGAGAUUGAUCACCAUCCAACUGAGUACCGAUUCGGCCGUCUCUAUUCUGUGUUACAUCGGGAUGAGCAUCCGUGGCCAAUUGACGAGUUGGAGCGAGAUCGAUUAGAGGAACAGUACAAUUUGCUCCGUGAGCUUUUCCAAGAUAGGCUAUUUCUCGCCCCCAUAGCGAGUCCGCGGAGUGUCCUCGACAUCAAGACCAGCACUGGCUGCUGGGCUGUAGAAUGUGGUAAAUACUCCCAGCUCGAACCAACGGAUAGACAUCCUUCUUCCAUUGUCUCUGGUGUUGACUUGGUGAGAAUGCAGCCCGAAUGGGUGCCACCGAAUUGCGAGUUUUUCAUCGACAACCUCCGUCAGCCGGGCUGGCACAUACACUAUACGGACGUGGAAUUAAUCCAUAUCAGUCGACUUCACGGUGACCGUCAUCUCCUGUCACUCCUGCUGGAAGGGUCUUAUAGUUGCUGCCUCCCUGGCGGAUGGGUUGAGAUCUGUGACAUGAGCGUGCAGUUGGAUGAGCCCGGCGAGAACAGUGCCUUCCAUAACUUCUUUCGGGAUGUAGAAACGGCCUAUGCCCGAGACGGGCGCCAGGUAGACCUUCCCCUCCACUUCGAAACCGAACUCACUCGGCACGGAUUCAUCAACGUCACCGAACAAAGCAUCCAGAUCCCUCUAUGGACCGAAAGCUGUGAUGAACUGACGCGGCGAAUAAUUCGAAACUGGGCUGCAGGACUGGAAGCAUACAGUUUUGCGCUGAUGGAUAAGUAUCUUGGGAAGUGCUAUCUCGACAUGAUCCUAAUGUGUGCCUUUGCGCGUGGGGCGCUGCAGAACGGGAUCAAGGGAGUUUUGCAAAUACAGGUUGCGUAUGGGCAGAAACCCAGGUGGAAUUGA